CUAUCGAAUAGCGAAACCUUAACAUGGCCAUCCCUAAUGUAAAAUUUGUCAACAAUGAGAAUUUUAGAGCUUUUCUUGGUUUCUUAGUUGAAAUGGCAAAGAAUGGCUUCAUCUGAGGUUCCCACAAACAUUUCCGAUCUAUUAUGUCGCGUCUGUUUGAAGACACACGAUGUCUCUAUCCGCCUGAACUACAAAAUCGAGUUAAACCAGAUGACCCUGAGGAUCUGGCAGCUUCUGGAAUCCAUAUGCAAAGCCCAGUGCCCCUGGAUGGAACCAACUCUUCCGAACCAGCUGUGUCAGAACUGCACGCAGCGCCUCGUUAAUGCCUACGAAUUCAUACAGGAGGUGGAGAGUGCUCAGCGAAGGUUGCAAAAGAGAGGAAAAUCAAAUCAGGAUAAGUCAACGGACGUAAGUCCAGAGGACACCGGCGUGGAUGUGGUGCAGAUUGUCGAGCAGGGAAAGGUCAUCGAUCCUGACGACAUUGUGACUGAAGCCACAAUCAAAGACCACCAUGAGGCUUCGCAUUUAGAGGAAAUAGGAGAGGGUUUAGAAACUACCAAAUCGAGAUUACUUGUCGAGAAUGUGUCAGUCACGUUCGAAGAUAAUAAUGUGGCUUCGGAGGAAGAGGAGGAUUUAGAAAUGGGAGAGAAUUUAGAGACUUCCACAUCGGAAACCGAGGAUGAUGCACAUUUUUUUUCGGACGGUGAGGUAAUAGACACCGGAGUGUUCUAUGGAGAAGUUAAAAACCUGCAAAGCCAGUCUAAAGAGCAUGUGGAUAAUCAAUAUUUGAACAUAACACGUCCUUCGAUGUUAGGCAGCCGUCUGGCCCAAUCACAGAACUUCAACUAUAAAUGCGGCAUGUGCCCUCGGACUUUCGCCAAAAAAGAAUCUCUGGCCAGGCACCUUGCUCUGGCUCACACUCAGGCGGCUGACACUGCCGCCCAGAAGCUGGCUAGCGAAGAAUCAAACGAACUAACUUGCACACAUUGUCCACGUUCGUUCAAAAGGCAUUAUACUCUGCGGCGUCAUAUGGAGGCAUUUCACCCGGACGCCUCCGAUAUGCCAAGAAGUCCAGUCAAGAGGCGCGUUACCAAGCGCCGUGACUGCCCCUACUGCGGUGUCAGCUUUCCUGCAUCGAGCAUUGCAGUCCAUAUACGCCGACAUACUGGCGAUAAUCCAUACAAAUGCACUGAAUGCGAGAAGGCGUUUCCGCGCAGCCAGGAUCUGAACCUACACAUGCGCCAGCAUACGGGCGAAAGGCCCAGUGAGUGUAGGAUCUGCUUCAAAAAGUUCAUAUCUCCGAACAAGCUUUCGCGGCACAUGCGAUUGCACACUGGGCAGAGGCCAUAUGUCUGUUCCAUAUGCCAGAAGGCAUUUGUUCAGUCGAACGAUCUCAAAAUCCACAUUCGACGCCACACGGGCGAGCGUCCGUACCAAUGCGGGGUAUGCGGCGAUAGCUUCAUAUGUGGAGCAUUUUUGAAUAUUCACCGUAACCACAAGGGCCACAAGAGCCACCAGGAAACUGCAGGUUCAGAUUCCGAUCGCCACGGGAAGACUAGUGUGUCUAAACGCGGAGCAGAGGAUCUCGUACGCAUGCGCAGUCAGCGUGCAGAGGAGCAUCUUCUAACGAGUUCUACUUCACUGACGGAGAGACCAGAAUUUUUCUAUAAGUGUGCUGUCUGCAAAGCAAGUUUCAAAAACGGAGCCUUGCUGACUAAACAUCGAAACAACAUGAAGCACUAUGAGUUGGGCAGGGAGGAGAAUGGGGAUCCUCUUCCCAAAAAGCUUUAAGAUUCAGAAAAUUGAGACUAAGCU